AUGAGAGGAAUUUUCGCCACUCUUUCCUUGCUCUUGGCUACAAGUGCAGCCAGAGUUCUCAAUGCUCCCAUCCCUGGCUACGGUAUUGUAGACAUUCAGUGGGAGAUUGAGACCAAGCCCGGUGGUCCAACUGUUCAAAUUAACGGCACCAUUGAGCAGGCCGUUGCGCAGCUUCACAAAAUCAACCCCAAUUUUUCCAAAGACUAUAACUUGAAUGAUGCGACCGCUGAUGGCGGAGAUGAGCAUGACAAGCGUGCCGCACAGCCCAACGACUUCGAUGUCAAGUGCUUUGGACGAUGGGUAGCCACGGUCAGCAAAUGGAUCAACGAGGGAGUGAAAUAUCUCAAGGGCGUCAAGGGUCAGCCUACGAAUGGUCCCGGUCCAGGAAACUGUGGCCGAGUAAGCUGCUCGUACGACUCGGCUAUUUGGUGGUGCAACGAUAACCAUGCUUCCAAGACUUUGGACUCGUUUACUAGCAUUGCCAACGGGGCAGCAAAGAUUGUGUCUAGCUGCAACCGACCGAUGGGGAACCCGUUCUACCACUUCACUUCGGGGCAGGCAUUUCACAAGGAUGGUUGGAAUGUUAUUGUUAGGAAGGACUGGUGCUAA